AUGUCUUCCCCUUUGCCGGAACAGUUUGGGCUGCGAGUGCUGUCGCUGGCGGAGGAUGACCUCGAGCAUGCACCCCAGGCCGAAGACCCCUCGGGCGACAUGGUUUCAUCUCAAUACUUUGAAGCACUCAUGUUCCCUGCCACUGAUGAUUCCCCAAAGCAUGAUGAGGUGGUGUCAAGCAGCAGUUCCGGAGAAGAAAGCUGGGUGACCGCAUCUCCUGGCAAGCCCUACCGGCUAGAAGAUGUCAGUCCUAGUCUGGUCGAGCCUCGGGUGCUUCGCAGCGGCGGUGUUGACGAGAGCACAGUCCGUGGGGUAGGCCAGCACUGUGAAUAUGGUAUGGUCCAAUCGUCGAGCAAAGAUGAUGGCGAAGAAGAGUCUCACGCAGUGGCCGUCAACGAGGAUAUCGCGGAGCAUCCAGCCACUCAGCCAAUUGACAUCCCCUUUGGCGAUGGAGUGUCGCGCUGGUCCAGCAGCAGCAGCAGCAGCAGCAGCAGCAAUGACACGGUCAUUCAUACCACUGAGAAUGAACAGCCUGAAGAGGUCUUUUGGAUGGAUGAAGAUAUCAUUAGCUGUGAGGAACAAGAGGUGUUUGAUCGGACAAUGGCCCAACUCAUGGCGAGCGAGUCCAUCGAGAAAAUGGAGGAUCAUGGUAAGGGCCAUCAUGGUGAUAGUGAGGAUCGAGGUGAGCCGGCAGGUCCCAGCAGUUCGAAUGACAUCUUCAGAGGGCAUCCACACCCUUUGAGAAGUCACCUCGUUACCCCAGCAGACGACGACAACGACGACGACCUUCCUGUCGACCGCACUCACACUCUCUCUUCCUCUUCUGACCUCACCCCACGUCGCCCUCUCCCUCGUCGACCUCACCAGUUGGCCCCCCUGCGUUUCCCUCUUGCUUCCUCUUCUGAAAGACACACUUGCACCAGUGUUGACCCUUUUAUUCGCCCGAAUCGCCCACUCCCAGGUCAGACUCACCCUUUGUUUCACCUCCAUCAUCCCUCUGAGGCUAUUCCCAGCCUUUCCUCAGCUGGAGAGGACCUAAACCAUCUGUCCGUCCACAUAUCCUCUGUUUCUGGCGAGGGUCGUUCGUUUUCACGCGACCAUCACCAUCGUCUCACCCCGACGGCCGAAGAAACGGUCGUAGUGCAUCAAGAAAACAUCGACGACUCCGAGAGCGAGACGAGUCGCAGCAGCAAAAUGGAGGGGCGUAUCCCUCAAACUACUCCGGCAGACGAAGCCAUGCAACCCGGUGAUUACGACACUAGCGUCCAGGAUAACAACCUGGAGAUCAUCGACGGCUUGAUCGAGUACGCCUCUUACGAUCUUGAGUACGGCACCGAGCCUGAGGUACCAACCAGGGGGCCACCUGUGGCAUGCCGGCCAAUCCUUCCACCUGGCAGCCCAGAAGACACCAGAGAGCAGCGUUACACGCCUCGCUCGGGUCCAUUCUGCACCCACGAGACACUGCUGCGAAGUUGGGCCCUGGCCUCCACCUUUAAAUGCCAGAAGUGUGGCAAUACUGCCCGGUGGCUCUGGACGUGUACAGCAGACACGCCAGACAACUCACCUUUUGAUUCCCACCCUGAGCCAGUCCGCCGAGACGUAAGCAUCCUCGCGCCGUGGAUGCAGAAGGCGAUCGCCAAGGGCGAGUAUACCGAGGCGCAGGUGGAGAAGCUGUUAGACCAGAAGGUCAAGGUACUAGAGCUCGCAGCACAAGAGCGGUGCCGAGCCACCCAGCAACAGGCAGGAGGAUCGACGGGAAUUGCGGACGCGGCAGGCGAGGCAUGGCUUGCAUCGGCAACCGGCAGCAGAGCACGGCAGCCUACCGACAACGACGACAGCGGCCUAAGCACUUCUGGCGAGGCCAUCAUUACCAGCCCGCCAGAGGCACUCAGCAGAGCUACAAUUUGCCGUCUGCUCGUCUGCGCUUACUGCUACCCGCGGUGUAUCGAGCAGGGAUGGGGGAGCAUCGAUGCCAUCGUCAACGGGCCCUACAUCGAGUCACCUCGGAUUCCAGAAUACCUGACCCGACCGAUCUCGGAUGCCACCACGCUGCGUGCGAUGAACGAGCACUGCCGGCACUGGAACUGGACCCCCGAGUUCCAGCAGUGGUGGGACGAGAACCGGUUCACGGGAGGGCACGACCUCCUUCCUGUGCUGUUGACGGCCGAGAUGAUGGGGAUUCCCCAGGCGGACUUCACCCAGUUGGUGCGGCACAUCAUCCACCGCGCCAUGACCUACCCCGAGAUGGGACAAUUCCUCAACUGGAUCGGUCCGCAAUCCCUAUCGCAAAUAUCCCACAUCUUCAGCACCGACCCUGGCUCCCUUCCUGCUCCCCAGCCAAAUACGGUUGCGGAGGUCAGCUUCCAGCCCCUGUAG